AUGGCGGUGAAUGCUUUUUUUGCGAAGAGCACAAGCGCCGCUCUUGCCCCCAUCGCGGAAGGCAGCAUAAAGUCCAAGAUUGCUGGAACCGUCUACGCCGUUCACUUGCAGCAUCUCUUUCUGUCGCCCAUCAUCGAGGUCGGCUCUCGCGUCUACAUUGAGCACGGCAAGGACGAGGAGUACGUCGGCGCCGUGGUUGGCGGCGUCGUGGUCCGCGUCAACGGUAACGGAACGUAUGGGGUGUUGCUCGACAACAACAGCUUCGACAUGGCUGUUCCCACAGAGAUGGUGCUCUUUUCAGAAGGCCGAGGCAAGUUGGCGAGCGACGCUGAGCACCGCGAGGUGCUGGAGUGGUUGCGCAGGGCCGGAGUGGCGCGAAGGGCCCACCAGGAGACUUUUGCGUGCGUCCUUUUUCAUCGCGGCUGGCGCGCGCACAGGUUGUACUUGCUGCAGGCCUCCGACGUGCACUGCCUGACACACAUUCCCAAAGCGGUGCGCAUGCGCGUGUUGGAUGAAUCAGAAUGGCAGAGAGACCACCAUCGCCAAAUGCGGCAGUUGCUAAAGGAGCGGGUCAUGGAGCGGGACUUCCGCUACAAGCUUACCAAGUACAGCGGUGUGGUGAGCGCGUCAAUGGCUCUCCUGGGUAUUGCCUUCGCGUUUGGGUGGAAUGUAAAAAAUUCGCGCACGCAACAGCGUGAGCAUCAGCUGAAGGUCGCCGUCAAGGCUCUCAUGCAGACGCUGAAUCACCAACACAGCACUCUGCAAGGGACCACAUCGAUGACACAAAACUUUGUUCGGCGCGACAGAGAGGAGAGCGCUGUUCGGCAGGCGCUGCGUCGGCUCGAUGUGGCGCAUCCACGAAUCAUUGUUUUUACUGGCUUUCACGGCUGCGGUAAGAGCACCCUGUGCCGCAACGCCGUGCUGAAGGAGCGAAUACCGGCUGUCUACGUGGAUAUCCGCGGCACCGAGGACACGCUGCGCAGCGUCGUCAAAGCGCUUGGUGUGAACAGAGUGGAGGUGUGCUGCGACUUGCUGGAGUUUGUGGCAGAUUCGUGUCGGAAAGCGAAGGCUACUAACGGCCAGACACCGUUGCUCAUACUUAAGUUGCGCGAAGGCAGCAGCUUUCAACGAGUGUACAACGACGCUGUGGCGCUGGCGUGCGACCGUCGUCUGUGCCAUGUCGCCAUUGAGGUGCCCAUAGAGUCGCUCAGCAUGGCAACCGCAGGGCUGCCGCGCCUCGACUUCUGCAUGAUAGCCGCGUUCAGCCGCGAGCAGGCCUUCGCGUACACGCAGCACACCAUCGACGCCGUCAGUCUUAACCACUUUGUAGACAUCAUUGGAACGAACAGCAAUGAUUUAGACGAGCUCUUUGCGGCCGUACAUCAACGCCGCGUCUCAGCUGCACACUAUGCGAAUGAGAAGUUGCUCAAAGCAAUGCGGCAGCUGCAGGCGGCGUGUGCCGGCCGCCCGCAGCUUCGUUUCGCGCUACAGCAGCUCUCCGCUCUCCCCUACGGCGACGGACAGCACUCCGGCGGAGACGCGGCGGCGCUGCGGAGCGCGGCGCUAAGGGAUAUAGUCUUCUACGAUCCCGUGCAGGAUGUGUGGCUGUUCCGCAACAAGCUUUUCCACUCCGCCUCCCGGUGCUGCUGGCGGUAG